AGGACAUGUUGGCACUACUUUAUCUACUGCGCCGGUGUCAGGCGGUGGGAGAUAUUGCUAGUUUCGACAUGGUCCCUGAAUCUCCUUCAGUCUUUAACUUCGAAAAUCCUUCCGAUAUAAAUCGAUGAGCCCCGGGAAAUAAAAUCAUCGAUUUUGAGAACAGUAGAAACGACGUGGUUGAGGGCAGAACUUUUUUCUGGGGCGCAUAGACAUGGUACCUUUGAAAGUGGUCUUGCGGUGGUGAGCUGCUCCAACCUGUCAGUGGGGAGGUUGAGCCUUUGCCUUUACAUCAAAUUAGUGUAUUUUGGCAAUAAAUAAAUACUCAGAAACCACUGGGACACUGAGCAGCUAUGGAUGAAGAAUAUGAUGUGAUUGUCCUGGGGACUGGACUAAAGGAAUGUAUCUUAUCUGGAAUCAUGUCAGUAAAUGGGAAAAAGGUGUUGCAUAUGGACCAAAAUUCCUACUAUGGAGGGGAAAGUGCUUCCAUUACGCCCUUGGAGGAACUCUUCAAAAGGUUCAAAGUUGCUGGUGGUCCUCCAGAAUCCAUGGGAAGAGGCAGGGACUGGAAUGUCGAUUUGAUACCCAAGUUCCUCAUGGCAAAUGGACAGCUUGUUAAGAUGCUGCUUUAUACAGAGGUCACCCGUUACUUAGACUUCAAAGUGGUAGAAGGAAGUUUUGUCUACAAAAUGGGGAAAAUCCACAAAGUCCCUUCUACGGAGACUGAAGCUUUAGCUACUGAUCUUAUGGGCAUGUUUGAAAAACGUCGCUUCCGAAAACUUUUGUUAUAUGUUGUUGGCUUUGAUGAGAACGACCCUAAAACUCAUCAAGGCAUUGAGCCGAAGAAGACCACGAUGCGAGAAGUCUACAAGAAAUUUGACCUGGGGCAAGAUGUCAUUGACUUCACAGGACAUGCAUUGGCUCUUUAUAGAACAGAUGAUUACAUGGACCAACCAUGCCUGGAUACUAUCAAUCGGAUUAAAUUGUACAGUGAAUCGCUGGCUCGGUACAGCAAGAGUCCUUACCUCUAUCCACUCUAUGGACUGGGAGAGCUGCCUCAAGGCUUUGCCAGACUGAGCGCUAUCUAUGGGGGCACGUACAUGCUCAACAAAUCGGUGGAUGAGAUUGUGUUCGAGAAGGGACGUGUGGUUGGUGUUAAGUCUGAAGGGGAGGUUGCUCGUUGCAAGCAGCUGAUCUGUGAUCCCAGCUACGCACACAAGCUGGUGAAGAAGGUCGGAAAGGUCAUUAGGGUCAUCUGCAUUCUCAGCCAUCCGAUCAAAAACACGAAUGAUUGUAAUUCCUGUCAGAUUAUCAUUCCACAGAUGCAGGUCAACAGGAAGUCAGAUAUCUAUGUUUGCCUCAUGUCAUACACACACAACGUGGCAGCUGAAGGGAAGUAUGUUGCCAUUGUUAGCACCACUGUGGAGACCAACAACCCUGAGAAAGAGGUUCAGCCAGCAUUGGAUCUUCUGGAACCUAUCGACAAAUCGUUUGUUUCAAUCAGUGACUUGUAUCAGCCGACAGAUGAUGGAAAAUCAAGUCAGAUUUUUAUCUCUAAUUCCUACGACGCAACCACCCACUUCGAGACGACCUGCGAUGACAUCAAGAGCAUCUACAAGCGCAUGACGGGCACUGACUUCGACUUUGAGAAUAUGAAACGCAAACAGAACGACGUGUUCGGCGAGGAUGUGUAAUCCAUGUACGCCAAGCCAUGCUCUCUUCUUUAACAGCACUUUCACAUGAGAAUACUGACCAAACUAUUAGUGGGCUAGAUUGCUAUUUAGAGAUACGUGCAGUUGUCCAAAGAAUCUCCUGCCUCUUUGAUGGUUUUCAAAUCUUCCUCUUCUUUUCAGGUUGGGGGUGGGGGGGCAAGGGGAAAAUGAGUCAAGUUUCCAAUUUGGUCUGACCGGUGAAAUCCUGUUCAAAUAAUCUGUGGGUAUCAUAUAUUAGUGAUGCUAUUACAGUGAAAUCAGGCUUAAGACCCAGCCAUACAAAGCUCAGGUCUCUCACUGACUAAAUGCCAGGUAAUUGCCUGUGUGUAAAAUUCAUCCCUUCCAAUGAAUGCUGUUGCCGUAAGUUUUCUCUAACCUGACGCACAACACACAAUGGAAAAUGAAUUGACAAACCAGGCAUCCUUUCCCUCUAUGCUUCAAACGCAUGGGUAACUCCACAGAUGAAUCCUAUUAACCAUUGGCAUUCUGUGACUUUGCCUAAUUUGUGGAAGAAAAAAUUGUUGCGUUAGUUUCAAUGAUAAUCGACAUGGACUUGGUAAGCCGAAGGGACAAUUUCCGUGCUGCGUCACUCUUUUUUAUUUAUUGCACAAAAACUCUAAUUUACAUCACCUUUGGAGGUCAGAACCGACCCCUUCACCUCUGCCCAGAUUUCACGUGGUGAUAGAAAGAAGCAAAGUAAUGUUAACAAAGGAAGCUGCUUAUAGGGGCACUUUCUGAAGCAUUGGGCUUGGAUUUCUUCAGUCGUUUGAUAGUGGCUCUCUCCUGUCAUUUUAAUGUUCAAGAAGGAAGGCCAACCCUUCCAUUUCCACUCCCACCCCCUCCUCUUCACCUCCCCCUCCCCCCUCCCCCCUCCCCCCCCUCCUCCUCCCUGAGCAGAGAUGAGCCAGGACGCAAGUUGCAGCUGCCUGAGAGAAUUGCACUGAGGAAGGUUUGGAAAGCUCUUAGUUCUUAAGGAGUUUGCUCCAGUGUCCUUCUGAAGUUACACAAGUCUCUGCAACUCAACAAACCAGGACUGAACGAUAUAAUGCUAGAUUAUAAAUAUUACUUUUGCUUUUUGUCAUAGAUUGAAAAAUAUUUAUUUGGACUGCCCUUGUGUGCAAAUAGCCCAUAGGUUAUGUCCUAGUAGAGGAGUCAAAAAAACACUUUGUUCUUUGUUUUCUUUGUUAAUUUAUUUAUAUUAUUAAAAACAAAUUGGCUAAGCACUGGUUGUGCACGGUUUAAUUUUAAUUUAGAAAUUUCGAGUCCGUUCAUUACCAAGCUAGUCUGACUGAAUCAAACAGGCAGGAUGAAAAGACUCUAGAAUCUUGAGAGUUGUUGGGGGUUCCAGAAACUAGAUCCCAAAGAAGUUUGUAAAUCGACUAAUUUUUGUAACGCAAUGGCAGAAACAUUUUCUCAUGUGAAAGAGCAAGCAGACUUGUUUAAUUUAAAAAGAUCUAAAAUAUCUUGUUUAUUAUGUGAUAUAACUGGAUUUGAGUAGUUGUGUGUGGAUAUAGCUCCUUAGUCUCUCGUUCUUUAGAGAGAGUUACUGCCUUAUAGCUGAGAGCUUGCAUUUUACUUGCGGUGUAUACUCCGACUUCCAUGCACAUACAUUACCUCACAUCUCCUGUAGUGUCAAGCUGGAAGUGACAUUUGACUAGUUAUUUAAUUAUGCCCACACACCAGUCAACUAACCAGGGGACCUUCGGUUAGCUUUAACUAUUUCUGCUUUGUUUGUGUCCUCUUGGAAUCUGUGCACACAUACAAGCCGAAAUAUUCUUGUGACAGAAUCAUCAUCCACCUCCUCCACUAUUUGUCAGCUGUCUUGAUUAGUUGCAGGGUUCUCUGUUUGAUUUCCUAAUUGAAAAGGAUUAGGCUGAUUUAUUCUUGUAAAUUCUAAACUGUAUAUUUUUCUUUGUCCGUGCAACUUGGGGACCUCUUUUUGAUGGACUGAGAAGAAACGAUGAAUACGUUUUCCAAGGAGCUGGGUUAGAAUAGGAUUUGGAGUAUUUGUUUUCUGUCAGUAACUUGGAUUCAGAAGUUGAACGCAAAAUGGUCACUUUUGCAUCAUGCCAAAAUAAGAACGACACAUUAACAAGGCAGAUGAGAAACUAGUGACUUGAACAAAAUACAUUAACUGGACAUUGAGAAGUAUUUCACAUAGGAGUAACUUUUUAAUGAAAGUGCAAAAUGAAUUGGUUGAAGACUAAGUUGAAAGAGAUCUCAAUUUUAUUGAAGUUGAAGUUAAACAUGCAACCAGUGCAGAUAGACACCAACAAAGCUCAACUCCCUGACACGUAUUCCAAAUACUGGGCAGUACCGUGGUGCAU